UACUGAUAGGCUGAUAGACAUGCUCUGUUUAAGAUCAUCUCUUUAGUUACCGCGGUUAAUUGCUAAAGAGUGUACUUUGUGUGAAUAGUAGACUUAGCUUCAUUUCAGUUUGAAAAGUCGUAUCUGCAGGUUAUUGCAAAAUGACGACAAAACGUUAUAUAUUGUCAUUAUCAAGUGCAGAAUUUAAAAAUUUCAUAGACUCCAUUGAUGUAGUUUUAUCAGACUGUGAUGGCGUACUAUGGAAGGAAACCCAAGUAAUAAAGAAUUCACCUGAAACUGUAAAUAAGUUUAAAGAAUUAGGUAAAAAGUUUUUUUAUGUAACAAAUAGUAAUACCAAAACCAGAUCUGAAUUUGUGGACAAGUGUAAAAACCUUAAGUAUGAUGCAACAAUAGAUGAAAUAGUAUGUUCCUCAUUUUUGGCUGCUAUGUAUCUUAAGGAAAAAAAAUUUAAUAAAAAAGCAUACGUAGUUGGGAGUGAUGGUAUUAGCAAAGAAUUGGAAGCUGAAGGUAUCAAACAUUUUGGUGUCGGACCAGAUGUAAUGGAAGGUGAUGAAGUAGAAAUGAUAGAAAACUUUAAACCAGACCCAGAAGUUGGAGCAGUUAUUGUAGGCUUUGAUAAACACUUUAGUUUUCCUAAGCUUGUGAAAGCUGCCACUUAUCUACGAGAUCCAAACGUUCAUUUUAUAGGGACAAAUUGUGAUGUAGAAAGACCAUCGCCAAAUACUAAUAAAUUCCCAGGAACUGGAUGCUUCAUAAAGAUUAUAGAAAUGGCAUCCAAUAGAUCAGCAGUGAUGCUUGGAAAACCAGAAUCAUUUUUGAGCGAAUAUAUUAUAAAGAAAUAUGGUUUAAAUCCUCAAAGAACACUUAUGAUUGGUGACAAUUGUAAUACUGACAUUCUUCUUGGGAAACGUUGUGGAUUUAAAACUCUUCUCGUAUUAACGGGUAUUACAACACAAAAUGACGUAGAUGCCAUGAACGCUUCUACUACAAGUUCUAAAGAUUUGAUAAUUCCAGACUAUUAUGCAAACGAGUUAGGUGAUGUACUAAAAAUGAUUGCAUCAUCUUGAUAAUUUCAUUGGAAAAUCCAAUAGUUUUAGCAGAAUUAUGUGAAAUAAUUUCCGCAAAUCGUAAUAUAUAAUUAUUUCAUUCUCAUUUAUAUUUUUUGGUCUUCCUAAUUGUUUGGAUUACUAAUAUAAUUAUUUAUUUGUUAUAACAUAUGCAAGAAAUAUUUUUCAAUGUUCCUUCAUAUAUAUAUAUAUAUAUAUCUUUUUUUUUUGUUUAAUUAAAGAUGUUUUAUUAUAUAAAAAUUGUUUAGUUACAUGUACAAUACAUAAUUGUUAUUUAGCUAAUAUAGAAAUUUGUAUAUGAAAAUAUACAGUGUUAUAGCGUUAUAUGUAACAUGUUCAAUUUUUGCUAAAAUAGUAUCUUAAAUAAUAUUAAAAAUGAUUAGUGUUUCAAUUCAAAUACAAAAUGACAGUACAAAUAUGCAAAAACAUUAUUGUAUUAAUUUUUGGUAUUUUUUAUUAAUAUUACCUUUUGAUAAAUGUUCUUGAAAGAAACUGAAAGAAAAGAUUUGCCAAAAAAUUAUAUCUAUAUGAUAGUCUGUGGUUACUGAUAGAAUUAGAAUUUUGUAUUUACUUGUAUGCCUAAGUAUUUUUAUAACAUUUAAAAUAUUGCAUGCCUGGUGCAUACAGCGAGAAUUAAAUAAAAUAUAUGUAUGGAUCUAUGUUUAACUCAGCAACGAAGUUAUAGUUUACAUAUAUUACAUAUAUAUGUUACAUUAUAUGUAUGUGUGUAUGUAGUAACAAUAAAUGUUAAAAGCAUAUAUAAUGUUUAUGUUAUAUUUUUUAUGUAUUAUAUAUUUAUAUUAAAGCAUUUCUUAAUAUUAUGGAUAAAUAAGACAUAAAAGAAUUUAUUGGUUUUAUUAAUUUCCGAACUCAGAAGCAUCAAUGGAUCUUAAGCUUUUAAUUUAUAUUUUAAUAUUUUUUGUAUCAAAAGGUAUUGUAAUAUUUGUUCAUAUUUUUUAAAAAUCAAUCUUAUCAGAAAAAUAGAUCUAUAUAUAACAAAUAUUAACAUCUAAUAUUUAAUAAUUAUGUCGUUCAACAUAUGGAGUAAAUCUCUUGUAAUAUGAGUAAUAGACAAUAUCUCAGGGAUUGAUUCAACAUCUGAAAAAGUUCAUAUAAAUACAUGCCUAUUUGACCUUGUUUACAAGCUAUAGUAAAUUUUAUGUUGUAAUAAUUAAUAAAAGAAGUUAUCAGAAUAAUUUAAAUAAAAGAAAUGUAAAUUCCUGAAAUGUAAUAUCCUGAAACAGUGUCAUUCUCAAUUUAAAAUAUUCUUGUUCAUUAUGAAGAUUAUAAAAUAUCUCAAAUAGAAGGAACACAUUUUAAAAAAUAUACAGCUUAAUGUGUUUUAGAAACUUAAAAAACAUGAAUUCGUAGACGAUUGCUAUCUUGUAGAGGCAUUAUGAUAAAGAGAAAUUAAUACAUACAUAUGUAGUAUAUACGUAUAAUACGUAUUGCGAUACUACAUACUAGUCUCUCAAUAAAUAUAUUACAGAGACUUAUUAUAAAGUAAGCACGAUAUUAGCGAAAGUCGAAGUGAUUGAAUGUGCCAGAAAUCUUUGUGAUAAAUUGGUAAUAAAGUGAUAAAUAAUGAAGAUGGAUAGGAUACCUGUUGCUUUGUAGAAUGAAACAUGUAUGAAAUUUCGUUAAACGAUAAUGUUUGCAUAUUUUGAAUGUGCCGAAAUGCAUCAUUCACCUUAUGCUUAAAAAUGAAAGUUAUAUGAUUAUAUAUAUAUGUAUGCACGUAUUUUAUUAUUAUAUGCAGGAUAUUUGAAAUUGAGAUAUAUUAUGGUCACACAUUUCAAAGUGCAUGUAAUGACGAAAAUGGAAAUUGGGAAGUACGAAUAUUUCUGCUACAGACAAAUUUUUUAUUUAUUUCUUAUUUCCUUCUUUUCUUAUCUUUAUUUGUAAGUUUCUCUUUUAUUAACUAGAAACAAUACAGAUUUUUAAUGUCAGCAUUAAUGAUACAACAUGCGUGUCAAUUGAAUGGCGUGAAUAUUGUUCAGUUUGAAAAUUUUGAACAACAGAAUAUGUUUAUAAAAGCUAAUACAACAUCAGUAUAAUAACAAACUUAUCAUCAUUAUGACGUUUUGCAUUUCAUUGUAUCAGUCAAACGAAAGUUAUUGUAAAUAUGAAUUGUUUGAGUAAGUAUUGCAUAAAAUAUGAUGAAAGAUAAGAAAGUAUUAUGUAUAAUUUGUUAUCAGUAAAGAAAUAUUUGUUUUGUGUCAAAAAGGAAAAACAAUUAAAUGAAGCACAUACUAUCAAUAAAAAAUACAAAUUUCUUAAAUAUUAAGAAACAGAAUAAUUUAAAGAAGUAUUUAAAAAUAUUUACAAAACAUGAAACAGUAAUAUUAUGAUCUCGAAGCUAAAUAAACGAUAUUUUGUUGUUUUUUUUACAAAUCUGUUAUAAGAAAUGAAAGAAUUCUAUUGUAUUUAUAUUAUAUUUCUCAUUAUUUAAUAGUAUUUUCACAGAGGACAUGUAUUAUGUAUACCUCACUAUACUCCAUAUGUUGAAAAAUACUACAUAUCUUUAUUUUAUUGUAGCAGGCUAUAUUAUAUGUACAUAUUUUGUGUAUAUAUGUUACAAUAAAUAACAACGGACUGUUUUUAAAA